AUGGGCAUCGACGUCAUUGCUCAAGGUUUCUGCAAGAAAUACAAACACUUUCCCGGAGGUGGGCUUGGAUCGUACCAUGAUGCUCGAUAUAUAAUCAUCUGCAGGCUCUCCGGUUCCAAGAUUUUGAAACUUCUCGUGCGCUCCUUGGUUUUGGCGUUGCUCAUUGUUUCUUUCCCAUGGAUAGGGUCGAUUGUUAGAGGAUUCUCGGCCUCUUCACAAGUCACUCCUGAGGCUGAAGUUGGAGCCGAUCUGACAAAUCUCGAACGUUUGCCGUUGAUCUUCCGUGAUUUGACUAAUGAAGGCUUCCUGAAAGUGGGAGAGAAAGCUGUUUUCCUAAGCAAUGGCGGGGAAGCUAAAUACAGGCCGCUGCAGGUUCUAAGGGACCAUGAAAUGGACCUCAUCUCCAUCACGGAUUUGGAGCGACAGAGCUCGAUUCAGAGCGAAACUUUUGACUUCGCGUGGACAUCUAACUUCCCAGCUGCAGCAGAUUUCAUUGACCGGACACUCAAGAUAGGCGGCAUUGUCGCCAUUAAGCUCAGCGAAAAUCCAUCGGUUGCAUUCAACGGGCCGUCGAACUAUAAAAUCGUCUACAUCAGCCGUCGUUUCGAGUCGACCGUCAUGGCCAUGAAGAAAACCGAUCUUGCCGAGCUCAAUUUGGCCACAAAAAGGAAGCUAUGUGGGGAUACAUCGGAAGCGAAGAAGGCUGCGCUCAAGAACCUCGAAGACGUUCUCCUUGAGCCGCCGCGGGCAGCUUCAGGGAAAUCAAGCCGCUAUUUGAAACGAACCAGGUACCUUCCUGAUUUAAUGGGCGACAACCUUGAGAGCUACCCACGGCGUGUGUUCAUAGACGUUGGAUUACCAGAGAAGGAAGGCGGAAGCGGAACGAAUUGGUUCGCGAAGCAUUAUCCGACGAGGAAUAAGGACUUCGAGAUGUACAAGAUCGAGACAGUGACGGAAGGCAAGGAGGUCCCGCAAAUCGGGAUGUCGGAGUGGUUGAAGAAGAAUGUAAGAGACGAGGAGUACGUGGUGAUGAAGUCAGAGGCGGAAGUAGUGGAAGAGAUGGUGAAGAGCAAGGCGAUAAGGUUGGUGGACGAGCUAUUCUUGGAAUGCAAGCCGCAAGGUCACACUAGUGGGAAGAAUGAAAACAAAUAUAGGAGCCGAAGGGCUUACUGGGAAUGCUUGGCACUGUACGGACGGCUGAGGGAUGAAGGUGUUGCGGUGCACCAGUGGUGGGGUUGA